CAUCUCUGCUCUUGGGAAGACACUCCACCAGAAAAAACCCUAAAAAUCUAGAGCUCUGGAUGCCCGUUUUCGUUAUUCCUCUGUGAAAAUCUAGUUAUCUUCUUUGGUUUCGCUGUCUCUGUCUCGAUUUCUGGAUCUAGUUAUGUUUUCGUUUUUACAAGCUAUGGGCAAGUCAGAGGACGAUCUGGAAUCAAGUCUUCUUCUCCUUUAUCCUCUUACAAGUCCUUAUUUAACUUUUUCUUCUUCGUCUUGAUUUUUAAUUUCUGUUGAUUCCUUGUUUUCUAUGCAGAAGCACCCUCGCCAAUUUUAGAUUCUGAGUUGCUUAAGGCUGCUUACAAUGGAAACCUCAAACUCUUCAAGAGGUUGGCUUUGAAUAUUGCUAAAGGUGAAGGGAUUGGAGUAACAGAAGCGAUUGGGAAGGUUAAAGAUAAAGAUUCAGGGGGAUCUCUUCAUUUUGCUGCUGAAGGAGGAAAUUUUAGAAGUUUGCAAAUACUUGAUUGAGAGUUUGAAAUUUGAUGUGGAUUUAAUAGAUGGAAAGGGUAGAAGAACACCCUUACAUCAUGCAUGUUUAGGAGGGCAUUUCAACACAGUUAGAUAUCUUCUUGAAAAGGGUGCCGACCCUGAUGCGCUAGAUGGUAUAAAUGGCACUCCUUUACAUUGUGCUGCAAAGUCAGGUGAUACAAAGAUAAUAACCGUGUUACUUUCAAAGGGUGUUCGCGUAGAUGUUGCAACUAGGUCUGGCGUUGCGUCUGGCACUGCCCUUUGGUAUGCCGCUUGUCAUGGUCAUCAAGAUGCUGUUAAAGUGUUGUUAGAUCACGGUGCAAAUCCUAAUGGAGUUAAUAGUCCGGGUUUGCUUACACCACUAAUUUCGGCCACUCAUGGCAAGUCAUGGGAAUGUAUGAGACUGUUAUUACAGGCAGGCGCUGACCCGAAUGCUGUAUCAUAUGGAGAAACACCUCUGAUAUCUGCAGCAAUAUUGGACGGAGGCGUAGAAGAAGUUACUCACUUACUGGAAGCUGGCGCAGAUCCAAAUUAUAAAUCGAAUAGAGGGGUGACACCAUUGGAGAUUGCCGCUAUGAAGUGCGAUUAUAAAAUUGUCGAAGUUCUUUUUCCUGUGACGUCUCGGAUUCCAACUUAUCCUGAUUGGAGCAUCACCGGACUCAUGAGGCAUGUAAAUUCUGCUGCAAACAAAAUGCAGAGGGAAGCUUAUGCGAAGGAGCAAUUUCACCAGGCAAAAUCAAAAGGAAUAGAUGCAUUCCAGGGAGAACAGUAUGUUAUGGCAUUGCAUUUGUUCAGAGAGGCCUCCACCAUCUUUCCAAAAGAUGCAGCUGUACUGUCCAACUUGAGUGCCUGUUAUGCGCGUCUGGAUGAAGGAGACGAUGCGCUUUACUAUGCCACUCUAUGCAUGCAUGUAAGACCUGAAUGGCCUAAGGCAUACUAUAGGAUGGGUGUCGCAAACAAUCUACUGGAAAGGUACGAUGAAGCAGCAGAUGCCUUUGAGAAGGGUUUGACGCUCGAUCCGGAAAACAAAGAGCUUAAAGAUGCGUACAUGAAAGCCAUUGAAGCUAAAUUGAACUCUCUCCAAGUGUAAGAAGAUAAUGCUGAGAAUUGUAGAGAUGAAAUGACAAGAAGAUAUUGAAGCAUUAAAGUAACGAGAAGAUAUUGCCAUUAGUUGGUAGCUGAAUAAUAUACUGUUAAUGGUGUUGAAAGUUUAAUCAAAUGAACCCCGAACAUGGUCUAAUGAAGUUUUUCAUCUUUUGAAUUUUGAAAAUCUCUUUCGUUAAUUCCUUGGUUUGUGAUUUGGGUGCCACUUACCAAUGAGGAGUGUCAUGGGUUCUAUGAAUUUUUUUUGAACCCGUUUGAACUUUGAAGGUUACAACUUUUGAUGUGCAAAUUUAGUUGGUACUUGAUAU